AGCACAUGGCAAGUACUCACAAAAGUAUAUCACUAGGAAACACAUUUUCCAUAUUUUAUCCGAUCGAAUUGAUCAGUUAAGAACACAUUUUCCCUUACAAAUUUACCUUCAAUUACAAACUCAAAGGAACAUCCCCAGUUCUCUCCUUUCUUUGACCCACAUCUCUAUAAUUGCACCUUUCUUGUGAAACAUUUAUCACACAUAUAGAGAAGAUGACCACGUCUUCCAUGGCCUUACAAGGAGCUUCUUCCUCUCUCCGGUCCUCUUCUUCUUUCGUCCAUCCAUGGACUCACGACGUAUUCUUGAGCUUUAGAGGUGAAGAUGUUCGCCAAAAAUUUAUUUCUCAUCUAUACCAUGCUUUGUAUAAAAGGGGAAUCAACACUUACAUAGAUGACAAGCUCGAAAGAGGAGAUAAAAUUUCGCAAGCACUUUUUCAAGCUAUCGAAGGUUCAAUGAUUUCCAUCAUUGUACUAUCUAAAAACUAUGCAGAAUCCAGAUGGUGCUUAAACGAACUAUUGAAGAUCCUUGAGUGUAUGGAAACAGUAAAACAAAUUGUUCUACCAGUAUUUUACGACGUAGAUCCAUCAAAUGUAAGACAUCAAAAAGGAAGUUUUGGAGAAGCAUUUGCUAAACUUAAAGACAGGUUCAAGGGCAAUGAAGAAGUGCUGAAGUGGGAGGCAGCUUUAGAAAAACUAGCCAAUCUAUCGGGGGUCGAAUUAAAGAAUUACAGGAAAGAGUCAGAAUUUAUUGAGGAAAUCAUUCAAUGGGUCAACUCAAGAAUAGUAAACCAAACAACUCUAAGCGUUGCCAAGUAUCCAGUUGGGAUAGAGUGUCGUAAACGAGACAUUUAUCAGCAUUUAAAUAUUGAAAGGAAUGAUAUUAUAUGUAUUGUAGGGAUAUUUGGAACUGGUGGAAUUGGUAAGACGACUAUUUCAAAAGAUAUCUAUAACCAGAUUUACUCUCAAUUUGAAGGAAGUUGUUUCUUGAAAAACGUUAGAGAAACAUCAAAACAAGCAGGAGGUCUGAUUCAGUUGCAAAAUACCCUUCUUUUUGAUAUUUUAGGAACAAGUUUGGAUGUUCGUGAUACUGACAAAGGAAUCAAUGUGAUUAAGCACAGACUUUGCUCUAAAAGGGUUCUACUAAUUCUUGAUGAUGUGGAUGAGUUGGUCCAAAUAGAAAAAUUAGUUGGAGAUCGCGAUUGGUUUGGUUUGGGAAGUAGAAUUAUCAUAACAACGAGAGAUCAACGUUUACUAGAUAAUGCUAAAGUUGAUUCAAAACAUGAGGUGAUGAUUUUGGAUGACAGUGAAGCUCUUCAACUCUUUAGCUUGCAUGCCGUUGGGAAAGAUGAACCAUCUGAUGAGUAUGUGGACCUCGCUAAACAAGUAAUACAAUAUGCUAAAGGCCUUCCAUUGGCUUUAGUAGUGCUAGGUUCGGAUCUAAAGGGUAAAAGUACACAUCAAUGGAAGAGUGCAUUGGAUAAGUAUAAAAACAUUCCCAAUAGAGAUAUUCAGAAAGUACCUUUAGUGAGUUAUGAAGGAUUAGAUAAUAAUGAGAAGGAAAUGUUCCUUGAUAUUGCAUGUUUCUUCAAAGGAGAACCUUUAGCUAAUAUCAUGAAAAUAUUUGACAGUUGUGGUUUUUUUCCGGAUGAUGGUAUGGACAGGCUUAGAGACAAGUGUCUUAUUACUAUUGAAGGUAGAUAUGUUCGGAUGCAUGACUUGCUACAAGAUAUGGGCCGAGAAAUUGUUCGUCUAGAAUCACCCAAUGAACCUGGUCAACGUAGUAGAUUGUUUUUUCAUGAGGAUGUCCGUCAUGUGUUGGAAGAAGGCAUGGGCACAAACAAAGUUGCAGGCAUGAUAAUAGAAAUGCCCGAAGGCGAGGAAGUGAUAAGGUUGAAUUCCGAAGCAUUUGUACAGAUGAAAAGACUUAGAGUGCUUAUCAAUCGUAAUGCAAGUUUUUCAAGUGGACCUAAUUAUCUCUCUAACGAAUUAAGAGUACUUGAUUGGUUUGAAUAUCCGCUACAAUCUUUGCCACCCAAUUUCCAUGGAAAUAAACUCAUUAUCUUUAAAAUGCGUGGCAGCUUCAUCAAGGAGUUAAGCGUCAUCAAGUUUAAGAAUAUGACAAUUAUGGAAUUCAAUGAUUGUAAUUCCUUAACAAAAGUUCCAGAUCUUUCAAGCGUCCAAAAUUUGAAGGAAUUAUCUGUUGAAAUGUGUACAAGUUUAGUUGAGGUGCAUGAUUCGGUCGGAUCCCUGGAGAAUCUUUGUGAAUUGAGUUUUUACGGAUGCUCUAACCUCAGAAUUUUUCCAGCAAGCCUCAAGUUGAGAUCUUUACGCAAACUUUAUCUUGAUGAUUGCUCAAGCCUUCGUAGCUUUCCUGAAAUUGGGUGUGAAAUGAAAUCUUUAACUAAAUUAUCUCUGUCUUGCACUGCAGUGGAAGAACUACCAUUAUCAAUUGGCAAUCUUGAUAGGCUUGAUGCAUUAUUUCUACAUGGCUGCAAAAACCUUAAGCGUCUCCCAAUUAACAUUAUUCUUCGGUUGCAACAUUUAACCGAUCUUGGGAUAUUUGGUGGUUGUACAAAUCUAGUAAAGAAGAUGGGGUAUGAUGGACAAUCCAUUCUAGCUAUUGGGUCUACAAGACUGGAAGAUGAGAUUUCAUCGAAUGAAGAACAACUCCAGGAAUUGGUGCCUCCAAUGAAUUCAAGUAAUGGAAGUAGUGCAUUACAAGUGUUGAAUCGUCAAAAUUGUUUCCAAUCAGAAUCAAAUUUCUUUCCAAUAUCAAGCUUCUUUACUUUGUUUAAUUCUUUGACCACUUUGACUAUUUUAAAUCUAUCGGGAAGUGAAUUUAUUAGCGUUCCCACGAGCAUCAAAGGCCUUGUUGCACUUGAAAUGCUCUACUUGUCGUAUUGUGAGAAACUUGAAGAAAUCUUAGAACUUCCUCCAAAUAUAACAUUAGUAGAAGCUCAGGGAUGCAAGUCAUUAGAAAGAUUUCCAGAAGUAUCAAGAAUAAUGGAAUUCAAUGGAAGCCACAUCAGAUCGCUAGGUAUUAUUGACUUGAGCAGAUGCGACAAAAUGCAUGAGAAGAUUUUGAAUUAUAAAGUGCCAAAUCCAUUACUAUGGAAGGCCGGGCAUUAUAAUGCCACUGUGUUACUGGAAAAUCAGAUUUCAGAGUUGGGGGAUGAAGAAUUUUCAGAAUAUGAAAUUGUGGACAGGGGGGAUGAAGAAUUAUCAGAGGAUGAAAUUGUGAACAGGGGUGAUGAAGAAUGGGUAAUAAAUAUUGAGGGGCCACUCCAUUUGGAGGAUAUAAGCGGACUUGUGGUGUAUGCCUUUAUGUAUUUUAAAAUAGAUCCUAGUAAUGAGACUUAUGUGGUAACCAUUAAAAGCUCAAAUCAUAUAUGCGAACUCGAUAGUUAUCAAGGGGUAUAUUUGUCUAAUAGUGAUGUAACGAAUAAAUUUGGAGGCGGAUAUGAAGUAAUGGUGUGGUACUCCGAUUUAGAAUCAUUUGAGCUAAAGGUUUUUGACAAUUUGAGGGUUCAACUUCAUCCUUUGUGGGGACAGUAUUAUAGGAGUUGGGGAGCCAAUAUCGUAUACAAGUAUGAAAGCAGAGCACAUAAAAGAAGAAAAAUGGAUUGAAUUAAAUAAUAGGCCAAGUGGCCUGUUUCUGGAAUUUCAAGUGAGAUUUUCCAUUGUGGCUAUUGUUUUGAGAGAUGGGUCGCCAUAUGGGUGAUUGGGAGAAUCUUUAGCAAAUGGAGACGCGUUAGCCACCGUUGUGUUUAUCGCUGUGAGAGAUGGGUCUUCAUUUGGUAAGUCUUCAUUUCUGAUAUAGCAGUUGAUGGAUUAUUGGUGUUAUUAGAUGGAUAGUAAGUAGUAACUCAAACUAUCUCUUUAUGGAGAGCUAUAUUGUUGUAUUGCUGAUACAAAAGGAGCUUUUGUGCAUCCAGCAUUGUACGAGAAUUUCGGACUAACAAUUGUGAAGGCAAUGAGUAGCAGAUUACCCACCUUGGCAACAGAUUAAGGAGGCCCCGCAGAAAUUAAUGUUGAUGGAAUCUCAGGCUUUCACAUUGAACCUAUAAUGGUGAUGCAUUGAGCCACAAGAUUGUUGAUUUCUUUGAAAUGUGCAAGGCGGAUCCUGAAAAUUGGAACAAGAUCUCAAAAGCUAGUCUCCAGCAUAUAAAUAAAUGCUACACAUGGAAGAUUUAUGCAAACAAACUGCUGAACAUGAGAGCAGCGUAUGGAUUCUAGAGGCAGAUGAACAAGGAACAAAAGUCAGCUAAACAAAAACAUAUCAACAUAUUCUACAAUCUCCAAUUUAGGAAUUUGUUGAGUUUUAACAACUAUAUUUAGACAUAUUGAAAUCAUAAACAUUUUAUAUUGAGUUCUAUUCAUUGUAGCACAGGGAAGGAGUUUGCUCAUCCCAAAUGAAGGACCCCAACAAGCAACACCAGCUGCGACCUCUCAAGCAUAAACAACCGGCAGCAGCAUCGACAACUGAAUCACAGUCUAGACCAAGGCAUAUAAGCUAACUCUUAAGAAAAUUUAAUUAAAAAAAAAAAAAAAAUUGCUGAACAAUAGUUAUUUGAUUUCCUUCCAUGGCUGUAUGUUAUGUGGAAGGGGGCAUAGAACUGGUUAGAGAAAAUGGUAGAAGUAAGAAGAAACUGGUUUUCAUGUUUUUUCUUAAAUGCAAAUUUCUUAUGCAACAAAUGGUCCUUUUUAAAUAGUAAGAGAGGAAAUGCAAUAAAUGGGUAAAUGAGUGAUCACGAUAAAGUGGAACUAAGAUGUAGUGAGGAAAUAUAUCAUUGAGUCUCUCAAUUUUCGAAGGUUUCUUUCUGUCAUUGAAUUUCUACGACAAGUUUCGAUGGCAGCUGCAUAUAUCAGUGGUCUCAUCUAAAAUCAACUCUGAAGCAGAAUACAAAAUGCUUUACUUGAACCUCAUUCAAUUGGCCUACGCUCUUCCUGAACUACUUGAGUCUGUUGAAUGAAUACUUUGGAUUAAGGAUCGUAUGAAAUUUGGGAUAUUGCUAGCCCCAGCUUCUGGCCAAAGGCAUGACCGUCUAACUUGGAAGGAAGGCUUUUUAAUUAAUUGAUGUAUUAGGCGUGUGAAUGAGCGUGUUUGUUAAUAGAUUUAUCAGUCAUAAAGAGAAAUGAUUUGUGCUAUUUGAGUCUGUUGAAUGAAUACUUUGGAUUAACAUAUUCCUUCUUCACAUGUUGAUACCAAUUUAUAUUU